AAGACUUGCUUUCGCUCAUAGCGGUCCUUCAUGUCGACGCCGGCGCCGUCGCAAUUCGCCGCGCUCCUACGCCAGUCGCGCUUUGCCUCCUACGAUCCCUCAAUAGGCCAAGUCUACACCUCGUUUGGCGGCCAUGCACAGCGCGGAAACUGGGGCCUGAAGAGGCCGCUCCCGCUGCGUCGGCGCAAGGGAAACGUGACCGUCCAGGCAAUCGACUCCACCGCGCAGCAGACCGAAUGGAAGGGCGGUGAGCGGCAGACUCGGUGGAUACAGAUGUGGGAGGAGGUCGGCCUCACGCCCAGGCUGGCGGACGGUCCAUGGCGAGAGAGGUUGGGUCCUACCGCAGAGAUUCGGUGGGAUGUGGAUUCGGAGUUUGGGCUGGCGACGAAGCCGCCGGUCCAGACGAAGCCUUCUAUGGUCUCGCGUCCCUCUGUACACCAGCAGAAGAAGUACAAGGAGGAUGAGGAAGAAGAGGAGCUGAGCGAGGCGAUCCCCAACGUUUAUGCCAUGACGGACAGGGCGUUCGAGCGUUAUCUCAAGAAGCUCCGGGAGAUGCGACCCGCGUUCCUCAACUGGCUGGAUGAACAGGCGAGGGCCGCCAAGGAGCAGGGAUAUUCAAUCCCUCGCGUCGAGCGGGGCAGCCUUUGGCGGCACAGGCAGGCAGCGGAAACCGAUAAGUACAAGCUUUUCCUGAUGUCCCGGGCAUUCAAGGAGUAUAGCUCGCACGACUCCCGCGUCAUCGAGCAGCAGCCCCAGCUGUACGGCGGGCUCGUGUACGCCAGGACCUCGAUGCUGCAAUCCAAGAUCCUCGCGGAGCCCCAGCCAGGACGCAUACUCGAGCGGUUGCUUGGCCAGGGAGGCCAUGCCGGCGGGGACUACGUCGCCAGCUUCGCCGGCAUGACUCCCCACCUCCACAAGGCCCUCGCCGAAAACAAGGAUCCCAUCAACUGGCGUAGUUUGGGAGCAGCACCUGACGCACCCGAUGCCAUGCGCGGCGCAACCACCUUCCGCGUCGCACAGACGCAGCUUUUCGCCGCACCAGCCACCGUUCGGCUCAAUCCCGCAGGUCUGGACGGCGUGGGGAUGAGUAUGGAUGUAUACGUCCCACCAGACACCGAGCACGGCAAACAAAACCCGUAUCCCCCCGGCUCCCGUGAAUACGUUGGCUAUCAGCGCGUCGAAGAGCCGUCCAUGAUCCGCUACACAAAGCCCAAACCCGUCCAGGAGUCGAAGAAGAAAUACGGUCCUCCCGGAGAACAGGGCGCGGCCGAUAUCGUGCAAACUUUGACUGGCAUCAUCAGCAACACGGGUCCUCCCUCUAACCGUUUUCAGUGACCGUCAUGUAAUUACAGCGGAUCCGACUUUAAUUCCGUGAAUACAUCUGGCGUCUUGUUGGUACUAGGCGUGGUUGGCCUGGUGCUCUAGAGUUGAUGUCCGCUGCAAUGAGCUGUACGUUGACCGAGAUUGAAAUAUCGGGCGGUUUUCAGUUGGUUGCAUGCUAUCUUGGUCCCCAACGGAGACUAGGGCAGGUUACCGUUAUGCUGUUCCGUCAGGCGACGUUGGCCAGGCGGUGCUCGUGUGCCAUCCCGAGACUGCAUGCUCACGAUUCACUGGCUACGUAGACCGCCAUACACGUUCAUCUUUUCUUUCAGUUGGUCGCCUCAGCUUGUGACCUGUGCUGCGAUUGUCAUGAAAGUUGAUUUCCUGCUGCAGAUCCGGUUGUCG